UGAUUGCAUUUCUUUUACCUCGGACAAGAUAUAGCAAUGUUAUUCCAGGACCUAAGGGAUUGCCUUUUAUUGGUUGCCUGUUUGAAUGUUCAUUAAAAAAUAUGCACAUAAAAUUUAUGGAAUAUGCCGAAAAACAUGGCGAUAUAGUACGAAUCAACAUUUUAGGAAUGAGUAUAAUAACGCUUUACACGGUUGAAUUGGUGCAGAAAGCGUUCACCGAAGAAAGAUAUAAAACCUAUCUUAGUGACAGACCUUGUACAUUCGUCGGGAAGUAUAUCUUUUAUGGUAAUAAGGGAAUCGGGUUUACGUUGGAUGGGAAUAGUACCCUACAUAAUGAAUUAAGAAAGUUAUUCACAAGACGAUUACGCUUAAAUGGAGAUGGAAUUAAAGUAUUCGAGGACAAAGUUUUGCACGAGAUUGUUUGCAUGAAGUCGCGGAUUCAAGAGACUGGUAAUGCUGAGUUUGACCUUGUGCCUGUGCUGAAACGUUCAUUGUCAAAUCUUUUGUCAGUUUUACUUUCUGGUGACUCAAUGAUGGACUGCGACGAUGUGGAUAUGUUCUGGGAAUUUAACGAGGGUUUCGAUUUCAUGGUAACACCAAAAGCCAAUGCUGUUUAUACAGUUGCACCCUUUAUGCGAUUUUUGCCGGGAGCGUACAGGGACAAGUAUCAUAGGAUGUUGACUGCUAGGGAAAAGAUAAUGGAAGAAUACUUUUUUCGUAUCAGGGAGACACACGAGAAAGGCAAUACUAGAGGAUACAUUGACUUUCUUCUUGAUGAACAAGCCAGCCAGCUUCAAACUGGGAAAGAAGUCUUUCUUACAGACGAGACUAUAAAAGCCAAGAUACUCGAACUUUUUAUAGCUGGCAUUACAACAACUUGUUCUACAUUGAGUAAUUUAUUUCUUUGCUUGAUGAACCAUCCAAACUACCAGCGUAAGGCACAAGAAGAAUUGAACAGAGUAGUGGGUAAUGAGCGUCUACCGACUAUUGAUGACAGACGUAACUGUCCAUUUAUGGAAGCACUUGUUAUGGAAACCCUUAGAUAUAUAACUCCUUCACCAUUUGGUGGACCACAUGUAACUGAAAGAAAUGUGCAAUUUGAAGGUUUUCACAUACCUGCAAUGAGCAAUGUAUUUGCCAGUAUGUGGUUUAUUCACCAUGACGAACGAAUCUGGGGAGAUCCUUGGACAUUUAGACCUGAGAGAUUUUUAGAUGAGAAAGGUCAACUUUUGGAAAGGGAGCACGUGUUUAUGAAAAGUUUGAUUUCGUUCUGUGUAGGUAGACGGCACUGUAUCGGGGAACACUUUGCUCGUUCAAGGAUGUUUCUAUACACAGCCUCACUGCUCCAGCAGUGGACGUUUGUUCCGUCACCAGACAGGGUUGGGUCAUGUGAUCCAAGAGAGCGGGAUUUCGAGAUAAGUGCAGUGUUAAAGAAUAAGUCUCUCUUUUGUACUGUUCAAAGUACAGAGGCUGGCAUGUGA